GCUGGUCCUGGCCCGGCCAUGGCGGAGGUGCUGGAAUUCCGGGUGCCCGCGGGCAGUGCCCACACACUGCUGGUCUGGGGGCUGGAGCCGCAGGCGGGGCUGGAGCACUUGCUGUACUCCGCGUUCUCCAGGUUUGGGCCGCUGUACUCGGUGCGGGCGCGCGGCAACGCCGCCGUGGCAGGGCCGGGAUACUACGGAGUCAUCAAGUUCUACUCAGCCAGGGAUGCCAGCAGGGCCCAGCGCGCCUGCAACGGGCAAAGGCUGUUUCAGAAAUGCCCCUUGAAGGUUUGUGUUUGCCCCAAGCAGAAGGGGGUUCAGCAGCAAGCCCCUGCCCUCAGCAGCAACAAGUGCCAGGAGUUGGCCAACCACUACCUGGGCUUUAACGGCUGGUCCAGUCGCAUCAUCACGCUGCAGAAGGUGUGUGGCUUGGAUGGUGAGAAAGAGGAGCUGGGGCAGAGCUGCCAGCAGGGAUGGGUGAAGUUCCUGUGUGCUCUGGAGGUGACGCUGCCGCAGCAUGGGGUGCGCAGCAGGGGAGUUGCCCUGGGCCAGGCAGCCGUAGGAGAUGGGCAAGAUCCCCUCGAGCUCAUCACAGCCACGAGAAGGGCUCAGAAGCUGGCGGUGGGCAAAGCUCUGUCUGGGGCCUUCCAGAAGAUCCUCCUCGUAGUCUUGGAAAAUGGGAAAGUGGCCGUGGAGUACAAUCCCUGCCAGGAGGAGCCCACAGACCCCUUAACAGAAGAGGAACUGAAGGGGCUUGUUCAGGUCAGUGAAUUGUCCUCAGAACAGUUUGAGCUCGAAGAAGAAGAAGUUUUGUCUGAUCUCAGUUUGGAUGAUGAGCCAUGAAAGGCCCUGUUUGCUUUUCCUCCAAAUGUCCACCAGAGAAAGAAAUGGGCAAUAAACCCUUUGUUACUCAAAGUAAGCCCCCAAAUACCUGCUGGUUUUGGAGAGAAACUGUUUUGCUGUCGGCCUGCUCUGUCUGGAAGCCAGCUCAGCUGCAUGACUGUUGUUUAGACAGGACAGCAGAUGUGAGCAACAUUCCCAGGACAGGCAGAGGAAGGAGCCACCCCUGCAAGAGCCACGUCCAGCUCCGAGUCACUCUGACUCACAGGAGACAGUCUGAGAGGGAAGAUGUCUCAGCAGCAGGAGGAGCUGUGGGGCUGACCCGGCUUUGCACAGGCACAGGAGAAAGCAUUUCCCUGAGUGCACAUGGUUUGAAAUGAGCCAAAGUCCUGUAAGAAUGUGUUGUCACGUGUUGGACCCCAACUAGAAGCAGUCGGGGCACUGUCAUUAUGUAGAACAAAGAUUGUCAUUUCAAACAGGUUUUUCAUUAAA